GACUAUGAGCAAAAAUUCCCCGAAGACAAGCGGUACGAGGAGCUGGGACCAAUUGCGAGGGUAUGGAGAACAUACCUCGAAGAAUGUGCGAGAUUUGACACUGAGAUGGCGGAAGGAUGGAGGGAUGGAUUGGAUGUUUUGCUUGUGUUCGCUGGUCUUUUCUCUGCGGUGGUCACCACGUUCGUCGCCCAGACGUCUCAGAGCCUUCAAGUUGAUUAUGGCCAAGUCACGGCGUCGCUAUUGUUCGAGCUCAUCGAUGUCCAGCGCGCAGCAGCCAAUGGUUCCAGCGUGAACAACGUCCCUCGUUCAGGCCUCACUCCAUUCUCAGAAUUUCACCCUACAAUUUCUGAUUCGUUGGUCAAUGGAUUAUGGUUCACCAGUCUCUCAUUUAGUCUGACUACGGCGCUGUUUGCUGUCCUGACGAAACAGUGGAUCCAUCAGUACAUGGUAGUACCAUCGGGCACGCCUCGAGAUAGAUGCCGUGUACGUCAAUUUCGAUUCAUGGGAACACAGCAGUGGGGCGUGGGCUUCAUUAUUGGACUACUACCUGUCCUGAUGAGCGCAUCGCUUUGCAUCUUUUUAGUGGGUCUAGUUAUUUUUCUAGUCCCGCUG